CAUGAUUCAAUGAUCAUAUUUUAGGCAUGUAAUAUUGAUGAUUUGUGAAUUGAAAAGGACCCCUUUAGGAUAAAAUGGCGGAAGAGAAAGACGUGAAGGAAUUAGGUGAAGAAAAGAAUGAUAAUUCGGCGAAAAAAGGGAAGAAAAGUAUAUUUUCUAGAUUUUGGAAUGGAUUGAUAAGGUUACAUGGUGAUGAUUUUGAGAAAAGAUUGCAAUAUAUACAUAGAGAAGAGGCUAUCAUUCUGGCUAGAAUGAAGAGAAGAUCUAUGGGAUGGAGGAAAACUGCUAGGAACAUAAUUGUAUCUUCUCUUGUCCUUGAGGUUAUUGCAAUUGGAUAUGCUAUAAUGAUAACGAGAUCAGUGAUACUAGACUCGAAAAUGAGGGCAUUGAGAGUAUUGCCGAUUUUUGUUUUGCCUGUUCUAUCAUGGGCUUUGUACUCUGGUCUUCAAGGUCUCAUGGGAAUGUGCGAUCGCAGGGACCAGAGAACUUUAGAGAGUCUUCGAGCUGAAAGGCAAACGAAAAUCAAUGAACUUAAAGAAAGGACUGACUAUUACAACACCCAGCAACUCAUUCAGAGAUAUGACCCGGACCCAGCAGCAAAGGCAGCUGCUGCAUCUGUUCUUGCGUCCAAAUUAGGAGCAGAUUCAGGCCUGCAUGUGUUUGUAGAUGAGUCACAUCUUAACCAACAUGGUAUAGGAAAGAGCAGCGAUACUGAGUGGGUGCAAUCUAGUGGUCUCCGGAGACGGAACCCAUCAGAAGCUAGAUCUCCUGGAAGUAACUUUGAUAAGGAAACAUUUCAGUACGCCAGAAGUGAGGCAUCUGAGAUUUCUCUACCCAGUGAGCUAGUUGUUGACCAUCAAAAUACUGUACCUAUUGGCCCACAAGAUGGGGGUUGGGUCGCUAGGCUUGCUGCGCUGCUCGUAGGGGAGGAUCCCACACAAUCUUAUGCACUCAUAUGUGGCAAUUGCCAUAUGCACAAUGGUCUAGCAAGGAAAGAGGAUUUUCUAGUGAUCACUUACUAUUGUCCACACUGUCAUGCCCUGAAUAAACCAAGAAACUGGGACGAAAGUUCUACAGCUGCCAACAGCCCUAAUAUGAGGUCUUUAAUGACACACAGUCCUAAUAUGAAGUCUGUAAUGGCACAUCCCCAUGCCCUGAAUAGAGACAAUAUUCCUUCAGAUACCAACACCCCUGAUAUGAGAUCUUCAACGACCCAUCACCGUGCCAUGAAUAAAUCAAGAAAAUCAGGUGAAAUUUCUUAUGAAACCGAUACCAUUGAUAUGAGAUCUUCAAAGACACACCGCUAUACCCUAAAUAGACCAGAAAAUUCAGACGAAAAGUCUUCAGAUUGCUGCACCCCUAAUACGAAAUCACCAAAGACAAUGGCCAAUGCUAACUUAAAUGAACAAAAUAAUGACUCGAUGAGCAGGAGUGGAUCACCUAUAACUACUCCUGUACCAGAGAUCAAAAAAGUAGUUGCUGAGGAUCAUGCUACUCAUUAAAGUGUAUGGGUUAUAUUGUUUUGUUUACUGACACAACUAUGAAAGAGUUACAAUUCCUUUCCUGCUUUACUUCGUGUACCAUAUUCAUGAUACAACUUUAUCAUGGAAUCUGAUAAAGUAUUACUCACAUUCCACAUGUUGGUGACCAAGGUUUGAGUUUUAAUCCACAUAUCCUUAUGGGGAAGCCAUGGAAAUCUACAGUGAACUACAUGGAUUAGAAGGUUAUUUUGAGACCUACGUGCAGAAUAAGGUAAUAAAUGAUUCCUGAAAGAGCAAAUAGAGCCAAGGGCUUUGAAGUAGUCUGAUUCUAUUGGUUUAGUUGUGAAUCUGGUAUACUUUUGUGAAUCUGGAAUGUUUUUCUUGGAUUAAAAAUGGCAUUCCAUAGUGGUAAUACAUACCUGACAUUUGGUUUAUGUAGUUCUCAUGAUAGCAGCUACUGUUGACACAGAUUAUAAGAUAGCUUUAUGUUAUAGCUUUACUUUUGUUGAUAAACCCUAUUAUCAUUGUUACUAAAUUGUUUCAUCAUAA